AUUGGCCCGCUCGCGUCACGUGCGCGUGCGGCCCCGCCUGCCCUCAGGAGGGCGCCGUGAGGCGACGGCGUGGGGGCCAUGGCGGAGAGUGGCGCCUGGCUGCUGGUGCUCAGCGCUGUGUUCCUCUGCAACGCGCUCAAGAUCCUGCUGCCCUCCUGCUCCUCCCUCAUAUCCAGGCUGUUACAGAAGGAUGCAGAGCAGGAAUCCCAGAUGAGAGCUGAGAUCCAGACCAUGAAGCAGGAGCUUGCCACCAUCAGCAUGAUGGAUGAGUUUGCCAGAUAUGCCCGGCUGGAGAGGAAGAUCAACAAAAUGACUGACAAGCUCAAAACCCACGUGAAAGCACGAACUGCCCAAUUAGCCAAAAUAAAGUGGGUCAUAAAUAUUGUAUUCUACAUAUUGCAGGCUGCCCUGAUGAUCUCUCUGAUCUGGAAGUACUACUCUGAGCCUGUCACGGUGCUUCCAAGCAAGUGGUUGGCUCCCCUGGAGCGCCUGGUGGCCUUCCCUACAGGAGUGGCAGGUGAGGAAAAGGACAUGGCCAAGCCCCAGAGCAUCCAGGGAUUAACAGCAGCUGCUUCUCAGACUCCCAGAGCACAGGGUUCAGGAGGUGUGGGAAUUACCUGCUGGCUCGUGGUCUGCAAUAAAGUUGUAGCUAUCAUGCUGCACCCCUUCAGCUGAAGGAAUCCCAGCAAGCCAUGGGCUCCCCAGCUGCAUUUACAUAAUCACUGUUUUAAAUUAAGUAAAAAAAAAAAAAAAAAAAAAAGGACAGUUAUCUUUCAUGAGACAAGAUCUGACACAAUCCUCGUUACUCCUUUUGGAUAUCUGUCAGUCCUUUUGAUUCUUUUGAUUUCACUUCCCAGAGUUUGUCUUUUAUUUUGGAAAGAUCAGCACUGCUGGUUGUAAAACCUCUUUUUGGGUUUAGUCAUGGCAGAACCAUAAGGUUUUGUCAUGGCCUGUUGUCACCAACAUCUAAAAGUGUUGGAUUUGUGGUUUUAAAUUGGAAAUCUGCUGGCUUUAGGAAUUAAUUUGGGAGCUUGGCUGUUUCUUUGCUGUGAAAUGUGGAAGCUUCACCCUGAGGUGGAAUCAUGUUGGGUAAUACAGAGGGCAGAGGUUGUUUGCUUGGCUUGGGGCAAAAGAAUUUCCUUGUGAUUUUUCACCCUAAAAUCAGAAUAUUCUUGAACUCUCCUAAAAAAAUAAAUGAGUAAAAUCAAGAUUUUUAUAUCUUAAGAGGUUUUUUCAGCUGCCAAGCAGAGGCUGCUGUCAAUGAAGCAGAAGACAGUGCAGUUCCUGCAGGGGGAUGCUGAUGGAGCUUCCCACUCUGGAAUUCCCACAGAAUGAUCCCUUCUGCUAUUCCAGGGCCUUUUCCUCCCUGCAGGAAGGAAGGGGCCAGACCCCUCCAAAAUUGACACUGCCUUUAAAAACCAGUUCAAAAGGUCAGGUUAUGUUGUGUGUGUAUAUAUAUAUAUGGAUUAAAUAUUUUUGUUUGUUUGUUUUAAUGUUAAUUUAAAAAUUGGGAUUUUAUAUGAGGAAUUGCAUUUAGCCAACAUGAAAAUAAAUAUCAAGGAAAAAAUACUGUGAUUUAAUGUUAUGUAUAAUUGUGAUUUUAUUAAGGAAAUAAAGCUUUUCAACCCA